AGUGGCACAUCGCGGGUGUGAGAGAGUGAAGAAGCCCUCCGUGAACAUAGCACCGAGACAUCAUGGCCUCCCUGCUGACUGGACUCUGGCAGCUAGUUAUUUCUGUGGUUGUCUUGUCUCAGCUCUCAGCAACGCUUCCUGCUCUGGAGAGGGCUCGGAGACAUGCCGACGGAGUAUUUAACAGUGAACUCAGCAAGAUGAAUGAAAAUGCCUAUGUGCAGAAGUUAGUCAAAUCUCUCGUGGGCCUCAAUCAAAGGUACCAGAGGCACUCUGAUGGCAUGUUCACCAGCGAACUCAGCAAGAUGAGAGGAAACGCUCAGGUUCAGAAACUAAUCAAGUCUCUGGUGGGCUACAAGCGCAGUAGUGUUCCUGAAUCAUCUGGACUGGAGGGGCAGGUGGAAGACUCUGGCUUUAUUGAUCAUGCUGAAAAUGACUUGGGCUCGAAAGAGAAGCUCACUAAACUAAAGACUUUCCUGCACCACGUACAGAAUCUCAGAGGAAGUGAUGAGGUGGACGGCUCUGAAGGAUUAAUCCAUACAGAUAUACCAAGGACACGUGAAACCGGCAGCUCUUACGAUGACUUUUGCUUCAUGUGGUUAUACCAGAGCUUUCUGAAUGAUAGCCUGUCAGAGAGUGAUGCAAGAGAAGCCACUCAGAUGACCGGCCAAUACAUUUGCCCAGCCUCCAAACCACUGAUUGAAGAGAUGAAGGAAGAAGUGUCUGUUCUGGACUAGAAGUGAAGGGGACAACAGCAGCAAAACCCCUCCAUA